UUGUGUUGCUCUGUCCUCGUUUUCCUCUCAUUCACUUGAAAACAAUCGCUGUAUUCCUCCCCAUCUCUGUCUCUGCUUCCUUUGUUUAGCUGGCACAAUCUGUCCUCUCACUUUCUGUUUCCGACAAGAGACGAUAACUCUGUGUUUGUUUCUCUGUGAGCGCAGUAAUUGCAGCUGCUUCUCUUUGAGCACCAUCAGACUGAAGCUCCUCUGGAUCAGCAGCGUUCUGUAUGAGCUGGAUUUGGCUUUGUGUUCUCGAUAAAGGAGGAUUUUACCCAGCAACCUGGCGGAUUUAUUCUCUCUCCUGAGCAACAGUUGCUUGAAACUUUCACAGUGACCAAGACGAGGGAGGUCAAGCACAAAGCGUCGUUUGAGUCUGAAAACCGACAAUGUGUUUUCAUUAGAGAAAAGACACUAAGGAGUAACUAUGGAGCGGACAGAAAAGGAAGAGCAUUGAAGUUUUGAGGGUCUCCAGGGAACCUUGUUGUACUGUGUGACUUUGGAUGAAAGGAAAAUAUCAAGAGGACAAGUUUUGUUAAGCUGAAACUCCUCCCGGAUUGGCCACUCUGGAGGAUUUUCCUGCUGUUUUCAACACUUUAAAAAUGGGCCUUCUGUCGAUUUUACUCCGUUGGAAGUAACAUUUUGCAAACUGUCGUGUAAGAGCUACUUUGCCCCUUCAAGGAUGUAUUUUUGUGUAAAUUAGCGUUCGGAUUAUGUAAGAGCCUUCUGAAAGGCGUCUCAGGAUCCUGCUCUGCUUGUUUAUUUGACUUCGGUGCGUAGCGAUGCGAGACUGUGAAGCGCCGAGCUGCCUCUCCGUCCUCGGAGCAGACAGGCACAGGAAGGGGCAGACAUGCGUUUCUAUGGCGAUGAGCGGCUGCAGUCCUUUCCCCUUGUGCUGGGACCGAGAAUAUGACAGACACCUAGCAGCGGCAGUCUCAGCAGGGAAAACCAUGGCAACAGCCUAUAUGGACCCCAACCUGAACAAUGCCUUCCUAGCAGGCGCCAAGUCUCGGCUGAGCGCAGGAGGAUCGGACCGCACCAUGGCUGGAUCCGUGGACAGGGUUCUGAAAGUCUUCCAUUACUUUGAGACCAACACUGAACACAGCUUCUGGUCUUCCAACAUCAGAUACGGAGAUGCAACUGAUGUCAGGGGGAUCAUCCAGAAGAUUCUGGACAUCAACAAGGUCCGUUGGACCUCAUGUUUUGGCCUCCGACUCAGCAACAGCCAGUCCAGAGACCAGUUGCACUGGCUUCACCCGGAUAUGGGUGUGUCCCACAUCAGGGAGAAAUACGAACAGGCACGGCCCAACGAGGAGUGGAGGUAUGAGCUAAGGAUCCGCUACCUCCCUAAAGGCUUCGUCCAGCAGUUUACAGAAGACAAACCUACACUCAACUACUUCUACCAUCAGGUGAAAAAUGACUACAUGACACAGUCUGGAGAUCAGGCGGAACAAGAUGUAGCGCUCAAGCUGGGCUGUCUGGAAAUCAGGAGGUUCUUCAAAGAGAUGAGAGGAAAUGCUCUGGACAAGAAGUCCAACUAUGAACUACUGGAGAAAGAUGUCGGUCUGCGGCGAUUUUUCCCUAAAGAUCUGCUGGACUCUGUCAAGGCUAAAACCCUCCGGAAGCUAAUCCAGCAAACAUUCAAGCAGGUGGCCAAUCUCAACGACGAACAGUGCAUCCUCAAGUUCCUGGAGAUACUCGCACCGAUUUACCGCUACGACAAAGAGUUCUUUAAAUGUGCCCUGGGGUCCAGCUGGGUGAUUCAGGUGGAGUUAGCCAUCGGGCCUGAAGAAGGCAUCAGUUACCUCACUGAUAAGGGAUCAACGCCAACACAUUUAGCAAACUUUAACCAAGUCCAGUCCAUCCAGUACUCAGCUAUGGAGGAGAAAGACAGGAAAGGCAUGCUACAGCUGAAUGUAGCCGGAGCUGCUGAGCCUCUCACAGUUACAACAGCGUCGCUCACCACGGCGGAAAACUUGGCUGAUUUGAUUGAUGGUUACUGUCGGCUCGUCUCCAUGGAAACGCAGUCGUUCAUCGUCAGAGUGCAGAAAGAGGGAGAGAGAGCUCUGCCUUCCAUCCCAAAAGUUUCCAACAAUGAGAAAAAGUUAGAGGCAGUCCGGAGCGGAGUGAGAGCGAUCUCUGUUUCUGAGACAGACGACUAUGCAGAGAUAGUUGAUGAAGAGGAUACGUACACCAUGCCCUCAACACGGGAUUAUGAGAUCCAGAGAGACAGGAUAGAGUUGGGUCGCUGCAUCGGAGAGGGUCAGUUUGGCGACGUUCACCAAGGAGUCUACAACUGCCCGGACAAGCCGCCGCUACCCGUUGCCAUCAAAACCUGCAAAAACUGCACCACAGACAGCGUCAGAGAGAAGUUCCUUCAAGAAGCCUGUAACACCGCUUUGUGUUUCUUUGUUUCCUCCCUGUUUCCUUUCAGAAGUGCUCACUCUCUUUGUUUUCCAGUAACGAUGCGUCAGUUUGACCACCCUCACAUCGUUAAACUGAUCGGCGUGAUCACAGAGAACCCGGUGUGGAUCAUCAUGGAGCUCUGCACGCUCGGAGAGCUGCGGUCGUUCCUUCAGGUGAAGAAGUACAGCCUGGACUUGUCCACCCUCAUUCUGUUUUCCUACCAGCUCAGUACAGCGCUGGCCUACCUGGAGAGCAAACGCUUUGUGCACAGAGAUAUUGCAGCACGUAAUGUGUUGGUCUCGUCUGUGGACUGCGUGAUGCUCGGAGACUUUGGUCUGUCUCGAUACAUGGAGGACAGCUCUUACUACAAAGCUUCUAAAGGUAAACUUCCUAUUAAAUGGAUGGCACCAGAAUCUAUCAACUUCAGGAGAUUCACCUCUGCUAGUGACGUUUGGAUGUUUGGAGUGUGUAUGUGGGAGAUCUUAAUGUACGGCAUCAAGCCCUUCCAGGGGGUGAAGAACAACGACGUGAUUGGCAGGAUAGAGAACGGGGAGCGGCUGGCCAUGCCUCCCCAGUGUCCGCCCACCCUCUACAGCCUGAUGACCAAAUGUUGGUCGUACGACCCCAGCAAGAGGCCACGCUUCACUGAACUCAAAACACAACUCAGCGCUAUACUGGAGGAGGAGAAGGGUAUACAAGAGGAGAGACUGAGGGAGGAGAUGAGGAGGCAGGUCACCGUUUCCUGGGACUCUGGAGGUUCAGAUGAAGCUCCACCUAAACCCAGUCGACCAGGCUAUCCCAGUCCUCGCAUCAGUGGAAGCUUCUUUUCCACCUCCCAACACAUCCCCUUCCAGCCGUCGCCUGGUGGUGUUGGAGGAGUAGGAGGCAGCUAUUCUCCUUCUGACUCGUGGAAUCAGCUCAGACCUGAACACGCACCACUGUGGAACCCAAAUAUGGAGGAGAGACUGGAUGUGAACCAGGCUCUGAUGGAGGAGACGCUGAUAAAGCAGCAGCAGGAGAUGGAGGAAGACCAGCGGUGGCUGGAGCAGGAGGAGAGCCACAUGAAACCAGAGUCCAGGAACAGCAGAGGCAGCAUCGACAGAGAAGACGGCACUCUGCAGGCACCGGGAGGAAGUCAACAUAUCUACCAGCCUGUCGGGAAACCAGAGCAUGUAGCCCCUCCCAAGAAGCCGCCCCGCCCUGGGGCUCCCCUCACCAACCUGGCCAAUCUGAGCCCAGUGGACAGCUACAACGACGGAGUCAAGCCGUGGAGGCUCCAGCCCCAGGAGAUCAGCCCACCCCCCACUGCCAACUUGGACCGCUCGAACGACAAAGUGUAUGAGAAUGUGACGGGGCUGGUUAAAGCCGUGAUUGAAAUGUCCAACAGGAUCCAGCCUGCUGCGCCAGAGGAGUACGUCCCCAUGGUCAAGGAUGUCGGUCUGGCUCUGAGGACUCUCCUGGCAACGGUGGAUGAAACGAUUCCUGUGCUGCCAGCCAGCACACACAGAGAGAUUGAAAUGGCCCAAAAGCUGCUGAAUUCUGACUUGGCCGAGUUAAUAUCAAAGAUGAAGCUGGCCCAACAAUACGUCAUGACGAGUUUACAAAAGGACUACAAGAAACAGAUGCUAAUGGCAGCUCACGCUCUGGCGGUCGACGCCAAGAACCUGCUGGACGUCAUCGACCAAUCACGACUCAAGAUGAUCAGCCAGAUCCGCCCACAGUAGUCCUGGAUCCAGGCACCCCAAAGAGCGCUGUGGAGGCCAGCGGAUCCGCUCACGGACUGUUUGUUGGAUAUCUGCGAAGGAUAGAUGAAAACAAGGGACAGAUGUGUGGACAGCAGACAUGACUGAAACAAUCAGCCCUCAUUUUCUCCUCUGAAAAACAUCCACCGCUUCCCUUCUUUCUGGAAACACUCGCGUUUUGGUCCACUUUAGUGUUUUCUACAUUGUUCUGACGUGACACAGAGAAGCACCAUCGCCGAUCGGAAAACUUACGAAAACAAAGGAUUUGAAGGACGUCACAAAAAAAAGUGGAACUGAAGCCAUGUUGAAAAGGACAAUGAAGAUGUUUUGUAAUAUUUUAAAUGUGCUUUUUGUAACUAUAUUGUUGUCGUCAUCUGCCUUGAUCAUUGCAGUAUGUCCGUUAGAUCUCCAGUCUUCCCUUUGAACAAUGUAUGAGUAAUUAUUUACAGUAGAGCUGCCCACUAAAGUCAUAACAUCUCAUUCCCCCCCCCACUCUAAAGAUCGCUUUAUCUCAGGUGGCAUGACAGAUGGUUUGUUUUUCUUUUUUUUUAUAGCAACAGUUUUAGGUUUUUUUCUUAGCGGAAAAAAUCGAAAACUGCUGCCUUACACUGUUUAACUUAACAUAAAUAUUAAUAUACAAAAAAAGGUUUAUAUUUAACAUAAAUCUGAGUUAUAAACUGUAAGGAAACAUGGAGAGAGAAGAGUGAGGGAGGAGCGGAGGGGACAGACAGAGAAGAGACUUUAGGACUUCCUGAGCCACGUGUUUGCGAUUUGACUGACUAGGGCCGCGUCAUUUUCAAGCCUUGAUGAUGUUAAGAAUUUCAAACAGACUAAAAUGAUCUACAAUCCUCUCGCUAACAUGAAGUAUGCAUCGUUAAAACCAAUGAUUACCUUUUUUUUUUUUUAUGUAGCAGAAAUGUUUCCAGCUUUGGAAAAACUGGUUUUCUCGACGUGAAUCAUUAUUAUUAUAACUGGCUAGAGAGCGUAACUAAAAAUGCGAUGUAAAAAGAAAAUCCCCUCAUGGUUGUACCGUUUCUCUCCCUCUCCACACAGGAGUUGUUUUCGUCUCUUUCUCUUGUUUUGCAUCUUUAUUUCUCUGUUACCUUUCCAGUUCUCUAGUUUCUCCUUCCUCAUUUCUUCCCUCUCCCCUGUGCUGAGCAGUUUUCUCAGGAAGGAGACACUUGUACAGUUGCUAAACUAAGCAAAUAAAACACUAUUAUUAUUAUUAUUAUUAUUAU